CUGUUGUUGGGUUUCCGGUCUCUGGUCAGGGAAGCGGUAGACAGCCAAGGCUGACAUGGCGUCCAGUUACUCUCCCAAAGAUGACGAAGCUCACCAGCACAAGAGCCGGAAACCCGAUAACACGGCAUUCAAGCAGCAGCGCCUGCCCGCCUGGCAGCCCAUCCUGACGGCUGGCACCGUGCUACCCGCCUUCUUCAUCAUUGGCCUGGUCUUCAUCCCGAUUGGUAUCGGCCUUUUCGUCACCUCCAACAAUAUAAAGGAAAUCGAGAUUGACUACACAGGCACCGAGUCAGAUUCUCCUUGUCAUAAGUGUGCUGUGAAUGGGACAUGGAACACUACAUGUGAAUGUGUGGUACCCUUCCAGCUGGAGCAACCGUAUGAGGGAAAUGUUUUCAUGUAUUAUGGAUUAUCAAAUUUCUACCAGAACCACAGGCGAUACGUUAAAUCAAGAGACGACAGUCAGCUUAAUGGAGAUGAAGGCUCUUUGACUAGUCCCAGUAAGGAAUGUGCACCAUAUCGCAUGAAUAAAGAUGUACCAAUUGCCCCUUGUGGAGCUAUUGCAAACAGCCUUUUUAAUGAUACUCUAAAGUUGUACUAUGUUGAUAAUGGUACCGAAACGGAGAUUCCUUUGAUCAAGAAAGGCAUUGCAUGGUGGACAGACAAGAAUGUUAAGUUCAGGAACCCAUCUGGGGCAUCCAAUUUAUCUUAUAUCUUCAAAGAUACUACAAAACCUGUGAACUGGCCUAAACCAGUGUAUGAACUGGAUCCAGAGGACAAGGACAACAAUGGAUUCAUAAAUGAAGAUUUCAUAGUGUGGAUGCGCACUGCAGCUUUGCCUACGUUCCGUAAGCUGUACAGGCUUAUUGAGAAAAAGGAUUCAUUUGCACCUACCCUGCAGCAUGGAAAUUAUACUCUGCAUGUUACCUACAAUUAUCCAGUCGAUAGCUUUCAUGGACGAAAAAGAAUGAUCUUGAGCACCAUUUCUUGGAUGGGAGGAAAGAAUCCAUUCCUGGGGAUUGCUUACAUCACUGUUGGUUCUAUCUGCUUCUUUCUGGGAGUUGUACUGUUGAUCAUCCACCACAAAUAUGGAAACCGUAACAGCAGCACUGAAAUUGCUAAUUAGUGGUUUUUGCAACUGCGUAAUUGCAUGUGCCGCCGUCAAGUUUCUGUGAUAAAGCCUUAGAAAACUAAGCAGGCAGUUUGACUCUUGUCUUCAGUACAUUUUCAGCGUCUGAUAUCUUCCCAAAUGAGCUCAGAAUAUUUUCAUUUGCAAGUGAAACCUUGUAGUGCAGAAAUGCUUGAUCACUUUUCAUACCACUUAAGGUAGUAACUCUAAACUGAAAUUCUGUGUAUAUGGUUGUUAAUAUUUUUAAAAGUAUAAAUGACUUUUAAUGUUUAAGACCAGUAAAGUGCAUUCUUGAUUUUACUUGUCAAGUAAAAACUAAAUAUGAAAAUACUGUGGAUGGUAUGCAAGGAUAUAGACAGGUUACUUUCAAUGCAUUUUAAGAUUACACUUCACACUCUCUUGCCUCCUCGCUCAGCAUUAAUGAACUGUGGUCCACUCGUGUUCAUCCUUGGUAAGACACAUCUGUGCUCAAAUUGCCUAUAUGUCUUGGUAUUUCCUGCAGAGAAAUUUUCUCCUUUUGAAAAUCUCAGGUUAUUUUGCUAACUGUCCUUACCCAGUGUAUUUGCAUUACAUGUAAGAAUAAGCCAUUCAUUGUAUGUUGAAGUCUGAGAGGUGUGAUUUUUGAGAAGAAUUUAAUUUUGCAAUGCAAAAUACUAAUGAAAUUGGGACAGCAUGAAGCAGAUUCAAAUUAUUCUGAUUAUUAAGGUGGAGAAAAAACAUUCUGCUGAAGAGGAGCUAAAGUACU